CUGCGCAUCUACGCAGGGGCGUCAUCAGCGGAAGCUGGGGGGGGGAAUUGGUUGCCGCUUUGUCGGAGCAGGUGCUGCGGCUUGUUUUCGGUGCGGCGUUUAAAGGCAAAAGGAUUCUCACCCUAGUUUGUCUGGCUCUUCUCUCUCACUAUGGGGGAGCUCUUCCGGAGUGAAGAAAUGACCCUUGCGCAACUUUUCCUUCAGUCUGAAGCAGCGUAUUGCUGUGUCAGUGAACUGGGAGAACUUGGGAAGGUCCAGUUUCGAGAUCUAAACCCUGAUGUGAAUGUGUUCCAGCGUAAAUUUGUCAAUGAAGUCCGGAGGUGUGAAGAGAUGGACAGGAAACUUAGGUUUGUGGAAAAGGAGAUUAAGAAGGCAAAUAUUCCCAUCACAGACACCGGCGAGAACCCAGAGGUGCCGUUCCCCCGAGACAUGAUUGAUUUGGAGGCAAACUUUGAGAAGAUUGAAAAUGAGCUGAAAGAGAUUAAUACCAACCAGGAAGCCCUGAAAAGGAACUUCCUGGAGCUGACGGAGUUAAAAUUUAUACUGCGCAAAACUCAGCAGUUUUUUGAUGAGGCUGAAUUGCAUCAUCAGCAGAUGGCGGAUCCUGACCUGUUGGAGGAGUCUUCAUCUCUGCUGGAGCCGAGUGAACUAGGAAGAGGAACUCCGCUACGAUUAGGAUUUGUGGCUGGUGUGAUCAGUCGUGAGCGGAUCCCUACCUUUGAGCGGAUGCUGUGGAGAGUGUGUCGUGGAAAUGUCUUCUUGCGUCAGGCUGAAAUUGAAAAUCCGCUGGAGGACCCCAUGACGGGGGAUUAUGUGAACAAGUCGGUGUUCAUUAUAUUCUUCCAAGGUGACCAGCUGAAAAACCGAGUCAAGAAGAUCUGUGAAGGAUUCCGGGCUUCUCUCUACCCCUGUCCAGAAACUCCACAGGAAAGGAAGGAAAUGGCUGCUGGAGUCAACACCAGGAUUGAUGACCUUCAGAUGGUGCUGAACCAAACCGAGGAUCACCGACAGAGGGUCCUGCAGGCUGCUGCCAAGAACGUCCGUGUCUGGUUCAUAAAGGUGCGCAAGAUGAAGGCCAUCUACCACACCCUGAACCUCUGCAACAUUGAUGUGACCCAGAAAUGUCUCAUUGCCGAAGUCUGGUGUCCCGUUGCUGACCUUGACUCCAUCCAGUUCGCCCUCAGGCGGGGCACGGAGCACAGCGGAUCCACUGUCCCCUCCAUCCUGAAUAGGAUGCAGACCAACCAGACGCCACCCACAUACAACAAGACAAACAAGUUCACCGCUGGGUUUCAGAACAUCGUAGAUGCCUAUGGCAUUGGAACCUAUCGUGAGAUCAAUCCAGCUCCAUACACUAUCAUCACCUUCCCGUUCCUGUUUGCUGUGAUGUUUGGCGAUGUCGGCCACGGAAUGCUCAUGAUGCUGUUUGGCUUGUGGAUGGUGAUCCGGGAGAGCCGUAUCCUGUCACAGAAGAGCGACAACAACGAGAUGUUCAGCACCAUUUUCUGCGGCCGGUACAUCAUUCUCCUGAUGGGCUCUUUCUCCAUUUAUACCGGCCUGAUCUAUAACGACUGCUUCUCAAAGUCUCUCAAUAUGUUUGGUUCAUCCUGGAGCGUCCGGCCAAUGUUCCUGAAAUCCAACUGGACAGAAGAUCUUCUCAAGGAAUAUCCUAGCCUUCAGCUAAAUCCUGCCAUCGAGGGUGUCUUCGGCGGGGCAUACCCCUUUGGCAUCGAUCCCAUCUGGAAUAUCGCCACCAACAAGCUGACCUUCCUCAACUCCUUCAAGAUGAAGAUGUCUGUCAUUCUGGGCAUCAUCCACAUGCUCUUUGGCGUCUCUCUCAGUCUGCUCAAUCACAUCUACUUUAAGAAACCUCUGAACAUCUACCUUGGGUUUAUCCCUGAAAUAAUCUUCAUGACAUCGCUGUUUGGCUAUCUGGUCAUCCUCAUUUUCUAUAAGUGGACAGCCUACGAUGCUAAGAACUCCAUGGAUGCACCAAGUCUUCUCAUCCACUUCAUCAACAUGUUUCUCUUCUCCUAUGAUCCCAAAGAAAAGAUGCUUUAUAAGGGACAGAAAGGGCUCCAGUGCUUCCUGGUUGUGGUAGCAUUGCUGUGUGUGCCGUGGAUGCUGGUUGCCAAACCUCUGGUCCUUCGCCAGCAGUACUUGCGAAGAAAGCACUUGGAAGGGCAGCCCGUGGAACCCCCUGUCAGCCCAGCCCAGAGUCCGCAGGCAGUAGAGGCAGCGGCGGCUGCAACAGGGACACUCAAUUUUGGUGGGAUCCGUGUGGGCAAUGGCCCAACUGAAGAAGAUGCAGAAAUAAUCCAGCACGACCAGCUCUCAACCCAUUCGGAGGAGGGGGAGGAGCCUGCCGUGGAGGAGGUGUUUGACUUUGGGGACACGGCUGUUCACCAGGCCAUCCAUACCAUCGAAUACUGCCUGGGGUGCAUCUCCAACACGGCGUCCUACCUUCGCCUCUGGGCACUUAGCCUGGCACAUGCACAGCUUUCUGAGGUCCUCUGGUCCAUGGUGAUGCGCGUGGGGCUCAGCGCAAGGAGCUUAGCUGGUGGGUUCGGCUUGUUCUUCAUGUUUGCUGCCUUUUCCACCCUGACAGUGGCCAUCUUGCUGAUCAUGGAGGGCCUCUCUGCUUUCCUGCAUGCCCUCCGCUUGCACUGGGUGGAAUUUCAGAACAAGUUCUACAUGGGCGCCGGGUUCAAGUUCCUUCCUUUCUCAUUUGACAACAUCCGUGAUGGGAGAUCUGAUGAAUGAUCCUCUUGAGGCCAGUUGGACGGGUGUGUGGCAGUAAACCUUGGCUCCCUCCUGCAUGUGUUUGUGUUUGCCUGUGUGUGUUAAAUCUGAAGUUGUAUAGCUCUCCUGUUGUGUAGUCGAGCUGCUAGUGUGACAGUAUCUUGCUUUUCUCAUGAGAACCUCACUCAAAAGAGAAAGGGAAUAAUAGGAAAAACAUAAGAAUCAUAAGAAAAUAUUGCUCCCGCAAUCACCUUGGCAGGUCCUGGGGUGGGGCAGUGUCCUUCAAGUUGCACAGAGACUACCGUGGAGGAGCACAUCCUACCCAUCUGCAGCCUGUUAAUAACAAGCAUGUUAGCUGCACAGUUUGGUACCAGAAAGUGAAGUGCAGUUCAAAAACACACAGGACUAGAAACUUGUAUAAACUUCUUCUGGCAAAUUGUCUUGCCAGAGGGGCCAUUAUUCCUCAGUCCAACCACACAUACUUAUCUCUCCUGACCUCUAGAGCAGCACACUGGACUACUUGCAACAAGUCCCAGAUUUGCCCUGUGCAAAAGUUGUAUUCCAACUUUAUGCCUAUCCAGCGAUUUGCUGGGGGCAGAUUCUCCUCUCUUACUGGCACUUUUGCUCUGCCAUGCCCUCAGUUAAAUUGCCAUCAUAAAAUUGCUUAAAAGGCAGCACACAUGACAAGCAAGAGAGCUCCCACCCCACCUGUGCCUGCCACAUGUCCUAGCUUGACCUCUGAGCAGAGCAUUCGCUGCUAUUCCCUCCCCCUCUCAUUGCUCUUGCUCUACUACUUGUACAGCUACAUUUUGUCCCCUCUUCUCUGCCUCGCCCCUCUGUGUGUUGGCGUAAUCCUCUAGGAAACUCUGACUGAAAGCAAAGGAUUCUUUGGGAAAGGUGACCCCCCACAUGGCAUUACAACUGGAUGUUUUUGGAACUGUCAUUCCCUGGACAAGAGCAGGCCGGCGAGGGGGGGAGGGAGUUUGCUUGCCUGCCCCAUUGCAGAGCCGACCUGUGCUUGGUUCUGCAGGAUUAGUUUAUAAGGAAACUUUGACUCACCCUGCCUGCAACUCUGAAUGGCUUGUUUUGUUCCAAGGAAACUGAGGGUCUUUCACCUCCAGGAAGCUCCUAUGUAACCCUGACAUUACUAGAUGGAAAGAAGAAGCAGGGUGGGGAAACCUGCACACCCCGAUUACUACCGAGCAUUUGUAAAAGCCAUCCACAGCAGCCCUUGUGUAUUUUAGGAUGGGCUUCCCUAGGAAAAUAGGAAUCUCCCAAGGGCGGGCAGCAUCUGCCUUCCGUUUGGCAUAGGAAAGAGGCUGGGCUUUCUGUGCCUCUGCUGAGUAUUUAUAUGAUUUGUGUGUAUUUGUGUGACUUAAGCAUGCACUGUUCUAGAAGUAUCUCGGUAUGAGGCCACCUGUGUUGAGCACUAAAGGCAAGAGCACUGGAACUGGUGUGGCAAAUUUAUGGGCAGGUGCUAAUCCCUUAUUUGCUCUUGAGUAGAGACUCUGAAGUAUCAGGUGCUGCCAUGUGUAUGUGUGAAAUACAUUGUGUUUACUGUUGCUGUUUUGGACAAGUGAAGUUUUUCCCCCCUGCUGGUCCUCAUCAGUCAAUCACUGUGUCUAUUAAACUAGUUCAUCUCA